CUGUGUGGGACAUUGGAGAUAAAACAUUAUGACCAUUUUAGGAAACUGUGAUUAUUUCCGUUAUUUUUCAGCAAGUAUUUUUAACAGAUAGUAUAGUAUUGUAACAGUAUAGCGGUGCGCAUUACGUAUGCACUCAACCUCUCUGCUGUUGUCGAAGGGCGGUAGGAUAAGUACCGCACCGGUGUUGAGUGUUGUGGAUGGUGACUUGUCGAAAGUGGUAGGGAACAGCAGAUGGGGAGGGGCUAGAGAGGCAGUCUAGCGCCGACGAAGCCCGGGAGAGGUCAGACAUCCGGCUGGCAUACACCAGAGACAACAGCAGGUGUUUAUAAUACGUGAACCAGUGAUCCCCAGCGACGCCUCUUAACCAUGACCGUGCAGUACAUCCACAGGGUCGCCAGUGGGAGCGCUCUCAUGUCGUUCUAUUUACUUAAGCGGUGGCGGGGCAGCGUGUACAAGGUGGUGUGGAAGGAUCUCGCCGUCUACCUGCUGAUCUACUACUGCAUCUCCUUCGUCUACCGCUUCGGCCUGGGAGAACAAGGACGCGAGAACUUUGAGAAGCUAGUGCUGCACUGCGCUCGCUUCCAGGCUGUGCUGCCCGUGUCCUUCGUGCUGGGGUUCUACGUGACGCUGGUGGUGGGCCGCUGGUGGGAGACGUACCGCUGCCUCCCAUGGCCAGACAACACCGCCAUCCUGCUCGCCACACACCUCCCCGGCGAAGGCGUUGAACAGGUGGAGCGACGCAGCAUCUUGCGGUACGUGGUGUUGUGCAUUACCCUCACCCUGGCCGCCAUCUCCCCCGUGGUGAAGGAUAGCCUGCCCACCUUCGAGGCCAUGGUGAAGAGAGGUUUCCUGACGGACGAGGAGGCAAGGAUGCUUGAGAAACAUAAGGCAGACAGCGGGCAGCAGGUGGCAUGGGUGCCCAUUGUGUGGGCGUGCAGGGCCGUGCACCGCGCCAGGAGGGAGGGCCGCAUCACCACUGACCUGGGCCACAAGUCGCUGGUGGACGAAAUGCUGUGCCUGAGGAGUCUGUGCGGGAGGCUGCUCGGCUACAACUCCCACAACAUCCCCCUCGUGUACGCGCAGGUGGUGACGCUGGCGGUGUACUCCUUCUUCGUGUUCUCGGUGAUCGGGGGGCAGUUCCUGGACACCACUAAGAACUACAACAGCCACACAGUAGACUUGUAUGUGCCCUUCUUCUCCAUCCUCCAGCUGGUCUUCUACGUCGGCUGGUUGAAGGUCGCCGAGUGUCUUCUUAACCCUUUUGGAGACGACGACCACGAUUUUGAGUUUCUGUCUAUGAUAGACAGACACCGCAGAAUGGUUGAAAUGUUGAGCGAGACAGCUGCCAGCGACCUGCCGUCCCUUGCCCCGCUGGCUGAGGAAGAGUCAAGUUCCGUGGCCCCCAGCCCCAACACCUUGCCUGCCAAUGCGUCCCUCACCAGCCCGCCUCACCUCGCGUCACCUGGAGGUCGCGUCAUGCAGGAAACCACGCCCCUCAUACCUUCAUUGACGAGCCUCUGCACCUGUGAUACUGUAAAUGGCAACACUACCCUAACCAUUUGCCUCGACUGCUGCCUCCACACAAAUCGACAGUCAAGGGGCGCGGGAAAGUUGCCAGUGGGAGCCAGCAGUGUGUCGGCGUCCGGCGUGGCGAACGAUCAUGAGGAGAACGUAGAGAGUUCGGGGCACGGUCAUAGUGAACGCAGACAACGCGUGGAGAGUGACUACCACAGCUGCUCGUUACGCCAACGCCGCUCCUCACCACCACCACCACCACCAUUUCCUAUCACUAGCUCUGCCUCCACCAGCAAGACCCACCCGUCCGCCGCCGCGAUGACUGUCAAGUACACCGACAAGUUUGCCAGUAGAGGGGGAUUUGGAUCCUUUUGGAAGCUGUUACUAAGAUGGCGGGGCAGCGUGUACAAGAUGGUCUGGCAGGACAUGCUGGCGUAUCUUCUCCUCUAUUACUUCAUUAACUUGAUCUACCGCUUCGCCCUACCGGAGAGUGAUCAGAGGACCUUCGAGAGACUUGUCAUGCACAUCGCUCGCUUUCGGACCUUCAUCCCACUAUCCCUGGUGCUCGGGUUCUACGUGUCUCUGGUGGUGAGUCGCUGGUGGGGCGUGUACAACUCCAUCCCCUGGCCAGACAAGGCGGCAAUCAUCGUCGCCACGCAUCUCCCUGGGCAGAGUCCUGAGGUGCGGCAAGUGAGGCGGGACAUCCUUCGUUACAUUAAUCUCACCAUCGCCCUCACCUUCCGCAUGGUGUCCCCCGUGGUGGCUCGCAAGCUGUCCUCUCUCCACCACUUCGUCUCCAGCGGUUACCUGACGGAGGAGGAGAAAGCGAUCCUGGACACCCUUGACGGGGAGUGCAAGCUACACAAGACGUGGGUGCCGGUGCUGUGGGCGUGCGAGAGGGCGGAGCAAGCGCGGAAGGAUGGGGUGCUGAGUGACUUCGGCCAGAGAGCCAUCAUGGCCGAAGUGCUGGCCCUGAGGGGCAGCUGUGGCUCCCUUAUGGGCUGGAAUGACUACAACGUGCCCCUCGUCUAUACACAGGUGGUGACUCUGGCGGUAUACUUCUUCUUCUUCUUCUCGCUGAUCGGGGAGCAGUUCCUCGACCCGGAGCAAGGUUACGAGGACCACAAGGUUGAUCUCUACUUCCCGUUCUUCGCCUUCCUGCAGUUGUUCUUCUACGUCAGCUGGCUCAAGGUCGCCGAGGCCCUUCUCAAUCCUUUCGGCAGCGAUGACCACGACUUUGAGUUCGUCCCGAUGCUGACACGGCACAUGGAGAUGACCAAUCUGCUAUCGGAGCAAGCCCUGAGCCACAACCCCAAGAAGGCCCCCAUGGCUUACUUGGACAUCGAGCCGGCCAAGGUGAACUUCGUGGAUGACGUCUCCUCCACUGGCGAGCCCGAAGACCAGAUACCGCUGGCCAUCUGAGACAGGCUGAGGCCGCCCCUCUGCUGCAGGAGACGCUGCUCCAGAGUUGCGCCGCACCUUGACUGAUGCUGCACUGUACGGAUGGAAUAUUAAUAGAUUUAACUUGACGUCAGGAGCGGUUAACGGGAGCGACACUGUUGGCAGGUAUCCUUUUGUUACGUAAUUGCGUCACUAAUAACGCUAUCCAUAUAACAGACGUUUUAUAUCGAAUUUAAUCUUACGUGAAGUGCACGCAAUCAACUGUAGCAUGAUUAAAACACAUUGAUAAAGAAGAAAUAUACGAGUGCCUUAGCUUUGUGUAGUUCCUCCUCAAUUCUGCAACGUUUUCUGUGGUGUUCACGUCAUCGACAUGCUGGCUCGGGCUGGGGGUUAUGUUUGGGCUGGCCAGCUGAUAAUCACUCUCGUCCCCAGCUGCUCUGUGACAGGUGGCAACGUUGUCUAGGUGGUGCUGCACAGAUCAAGUCUGUACUGUUUCUCUAAUGAACAAAGUUAACUUCUCUACACUUCACACGGGGUGGCAAUGCAAGCCCGUGCAUGUAAGGAGUGUGUGGAGACUUCGUGAUGGUGCUGCCAUGUGUCCACUGGCGAAUGUUUUUGUAAUUUGUCCUUUGUCCUGGAUAACCCUAAACAAAGCGUGUACUACGUCGUGCUACUGCGUAGUACUUUUGUAGUGCGUUAGCAAGUGUAUUGCAUUUGUGCAUAAUACAUGGGUAUGCUCUAAUACUCAAACCUAAA